AGGAAAAAACACCCUUGCUAUUCUCUCCUGCGUAGCAGCUAAUCCUCAAAACCCUUGUCAAAACCCCAAAAUCAACAAACAAUAACAAUGGCUUGGCGAGGUUCGCUUUCUAGAUCUCUCAUGUCCACCGCAAGGGCUUCCGCCUUCCGCUCUUCGCCGUCACUCUCCGCGCCCAGUCGUCUCCGGCGUCCGCUGUCCGCCCCUCGCCCCCAACCCCGCCGCCUCUCCUUCUCCAACCCCAGGACAAUGGGGGAGCUCGGAUGCGCUCAGUCACUUAUGCCGCUGUUGGCCGGAGCACGGCUGACUUCGCACCUGGCCGUCAACGUUCGGGCGUGCUGUGAGCUGUCGCACGACCUAUUCACAGUGGCUUAUACAUUUUAGGACAUUGGUUCCUGGAAAUGAGGAUGAAUAUGCUUGCUCUAAGAUGGGAAGUCAAUGUUAUAUGAGACUUGUUAUUUAGAUGGGAUUUCUGUUGUUACUUUUCACAUGUGUGUUUGGCUCCAUUAUACUGGUGCUCUGCAAACAAGUGCUCUACGUGCUAAUGCCCCUUGAAGUGAUCGACAGCUCAUAGAGCAUAUCAUGAGUAGAUUCAUUUAAUGGUUGUCGAACACAGUUCCAUUCCAAUAUGUAAAGAUAAACAGUUUCAAUUGUUCUUUUUGCAAUUGUUAUGCACCGGUUUCAGAUGAUAAUGCUCAUUGUACAUGG